AGGAGCCCGCCCCGCCAGAUCCCGGCGCUCAGACUCCGAAGUGGGAGCGGUGCCAUCGGCUCCUCCCCAAGCCCAACCCUGGUGCCCCGCGGCAGGACGAGCAGCGGCUCCGGCCUCGCGCUGUUGCAAGCCGGUCUCCGGUGCGCCCGCCGCCCCCCUUCGCCGGAGCGCCAGGCGCCCGUCGCCUUCCUCUUCCCCUGCCGGCCGCCCGGCUUCCGUGCCCCGCCGGCCACCAACCCGCUCGCCACCAUGUCGGUAGAACUGGAAGAGGCCCUGCCCCUGACCCCGGCCGAGGAGGCGCCCGGCACUCCUGAGAAGAAGCCGGCCGGCAAGAAGGCCAAGGCGGGCUCGUCGGCGCUGUCGCCCUCCAAGAAGAAGAAGAACAACAAGAAGAAGAAUCAGCCGGGCAAGUAUAGCCAGCUGGUGGUGGAGACAAUCCGCAAGUUGGGCGAGCGCAACGGCUCGUCGCUGGCCAAGAUCUACAACGAAGCCAAGAAGGUGCCCUGGUUCGACCAGCAGAACGGGCGCACCUACCUCAAGUACUCCAUCAAGGCGCUGGUGCAGAACGACACCCUGCUGCAGGUGAAGGGCACGGGCGCCAACGGCUCUUUCAAGCUCAACAAGAAGAAACUCGAGGGCGGCGGCGCUGACAAGAAGGGUUCGGCUGCGGCCGCCGCGCACCCCAAGGCCAAGAAGGCGGCUUCCGCGGCGGCGGCGCGGCGCAGCGACAAGAAGCCGGCCAAGGCCAAGAAGCCAGAGAAGCGCUCCCACAAGAAGGGCGCGGGCGGCGGCGGCGGCAAGAAGGACAAAGGCAAGGCCAAGAAAGCAGCUAAGAAGGCAGCUUCGUCCGGGGGGAAGAAGGUGAAGAAGUCGGCCAAGCCCAGCGUGCCCAAGGUGCCCAAGGGCAGGAAGUGAGCGCGCGGGGGAUGGGGAGCCCGGGACUGCACGGCCGGGGCGGGGAGCGUGCCUGCCGCCCCGCGGUCCCCAAGUUGUGACGGCCACCAACCACCGAGUGCCCUAUCUCCUCCGCCACGGACUGAGCGGGCGCCGCCCCGCCGCCCAAAUGGUUAUUUUUGUAGCGCUGUGCUCGGGGGUGGGGGAGGGGACGGCUCCUUUUUUUUUCUUUAAGCCCCUUUGUGUAGGUUUUGUACUGUUUGUUUACACGGCUCCCCUACCUCCAGCCCCAGGACUCUGCCCAGCCGAACCACUGGGGUGCGGGGGUCGCGGGGAGAGGACUCGGGGAUGCCUUUCCGACUUGCCCGCCCACUGCUUCGCCUUCUCCGAUCCCCGCCCCCGGCUGCUGGAGCGAUUUUUUUUUUGUUGUUUGCUUUAGAAUUUUGAAACAACCCCGGCGACGCCCCUAUUGGCUCUAGCCAUUGGCAACGGGAGGGUCGCCAUGGCGACGGGUCCUUGGGCUCCAAUGGCUGGAGCCCGCGUGCGCGGGGGGAGGGGGGAGGGGCGGGCCAGGCCGCUGGUUGGCCGCGGGUCUCCUGGCGCUCUAGGGAGGGGGCGGGGCGGGAGGGGAGCCGCCCCACCCUCCUACCCCCGGUCGGGCUCGCGCUCCUUCCCCCGCAGGGAGCUGGGAUGACGGGAACCAGGGCACCCCACCAGUGAGGGGACUCGGCGGGAACUUAAUGCCUUGUGUGCGCAGUGUACAAUCGCUCGGGGUCACGGCCUCCCGGCACGCAGCGGAUCGGGCCCUCGGCGCUUUCACUUGUCCUCGUUGGCCUUUUUUUUCUAUUUUUUUUUUUUUUGGCUCAAUAAAUUGUUUAAACCUUU